AUGAACAACUUGAGCUUUUCGGAUCGAGCCAGUCAAAUGAGUUUCCGUUCAAUAAGUUCGACUCAAGCAGCACCGCCAGGAGUACCUGUUGGCUAUCCUGCCGUCUACCACUACCAAAUGGGUGAUGACAUGGGGUACGCGCCAUACCAGCACCAGCCAAUAUACGUGCAACCGUCGCCGCUGCUUGCGUCAUCUUCCAUGGAGGUUUACGCGCCGCAUCCUACCGUAAUGAUGCCUGUACAGCCGAACGCACCUCUGCAGCCUUCCGCCUCAAUGAUUGCUUGCCAACAAGCCCAGGAUUCGAUGAGCAAUGAAUCGCAGAGUGUGCAGGAUCCCUCGCUUAUGGCGCCCAUACAACAGCCAGAAUGUGUGCAGUACACCACUCAACAGUACCCCGCACAAAUGGUCGGAUGCCCACCACAAGGCUACCAAACUGUCCCACAAACGGUCUAUCCGGCACAAUACCAGCAAGUACAUCAACUACAACCGAACGUAAUGCAACAAGCUUAUCCACCUAUGGCAACGACAGUCAUGCAAGCUGCACAGCAAUAUCCGACUCCUAUGUAUCAUACUCCUGCACACCCUCAAAUGUACCAAUCACCAAUGUUCCAUUCUCAAAUGCCACAACAAGUUGUACACGUGCAGUCUCCGAUAUACCAGCAACCACCACGGCCUGCGAUGGUACCGACGGCUCCGCAACCGCAGCAGCAGUAUGUGGAGGUUCCCAGUGCAGUUCAACAACAACCACCACUGCCAUCAUACCAACAAAUGAAUUACGGACAGUGGGUGAGUGUCUGA